GCUAAUUACAUUGUGAAACAAGUAAUUUCAAGCAAUAAAUGAGAAGUUUUGAGCAUUUUGCAGAAUGGCUGGCGUUAUACGCACGCCAAAUAACUGCUCCGUUGGGUCACCAUCCGAGCGCCUGGGGGCCCAGGGCUUCAGAGCAAUUCAUAAAUGGGGUUGAUGGUACUGGUUAGUCGUCUUAUGAAACCUAUCAUUCUAGACAUCCCGUUGCAUUGUUCAUCCGAAAUGGGCUAAGCCGCUGUGGGAAAUUGUUUUCCCAGCAAAUUCUAAUUGGUUGCUGAGAGUUACGGAGUUGCUGGUUGUAAUUAGCAGUAGGCUCGCCGCUGCGUGAAGGUGCAACGAAACGUUUUUGCGAGGGUGUGAGGAAGUGAAGGUGCCAGAGAGUCGCAGGCUUUAUUAGAUGCUUUCUGCAUCUCUGAGCUUCCUUAAGGUGAAGUGGACUAUCUUUAGGUUUUUACAACGAGGUUGUGGAUUUAUACCAGAUGAUUUUCAUGGUUUUCAAUGUGGAAAAGGAAUUUUCAUGGUUUUUGAUGUGGAAAAGGGGUAAAAAUCGAGCAGCUUCUGAAUGUUCAUUGUAGUUAGACUCUUAGAAGCUCAGGGAGAAGCAUCAGAUCGCAGUUUAAAACAAUCAAAAGUUCAACUCUGUUAUGAAUACUGAGUAAGGAUUCAAAAUACUUUUGUCAAAGCUUGGUGACUUUCUUUUCUACUUUGAGUCCCUGAAGGAUAAAUAUAGCCUGGAAGCAUUUUCUCAGUUACCCCAAAACUUUAUCCAGUGUAUAUCUGGGUUCUUAUUCUUAUAAUGAUUUUUUCCCGUUGUAGUUAUAAGGGAAAAAGUACCAUUACCGUUCUGCUUCAUAUUAUCAUUGAUCUGUAACCUUGAAAACAACUGGCUUUAUUUUCAGUGCUACCUUGGUAGCAUAAAAAUCUCCAUCUGCCUUUUCUAAGGUGUCUGUGUAAUGCUAUUGGUAGUCUAUGGGGAGCUGGUUACAUGUGUUAAAUAUCUGAGGCUGUCUAAAAAAUUUGAAAUAAUAAAAUGGUUUUCUAAUAUCUUUCCCGGCUAAGCAGCUGUUAUAUCUAUGGGAUUAUUUAUUGUGAAUGAAGCAUCACAGGACCAACUUUCUAAUAUGCAGUCUUGCAAGUCAUUUGUGAGGUGGGAAUUGCACGUUAGGUGAUAGAAGUUAUCAGACAACGCAUGCUAUCAGAAGCAGCUGAGAAGAUGUGGAUUAAAUGAAAAUGUUCACAGGAAUGUCAGCAGCUGCUUGGAAAACUGGGAGGAUGGUUACUAAUUAAUUUUUAAACUAGACAAGUAAAUGUAGCAAAGUUUAACAAUGGUCUCUCCUAAGUCCAGUAUUAACUAAUAACUAAUUGAUGGUGUGGAUGGAGGAGUAAGGAUUAUACUCAUUAAAUAUCCAGCUAAAACUGGAUGGAGCUACGCGUCUGUUUGGGAAGAUGCCUAGCAUUUUACAGGUAUCUUGACAAACUAGAGAAGCAGUCUGGAAAAAGAAGUUGGGUGGAGUGCAGUAGGGGCCAAAGAGGUAGUCGAAGCUGCAGUGGCUGUUUACCAGCAGAACAGGAGGCAGCAGGACCACGUUGUUGCAAAAAGCAAAUGCACUCAGGAGCUUGUGAUGUCAUCAGCUGAAGCGAAAACAUCUACCUCGUGACCUGGCAUGAUGCGUCAGGAUGAAACGCCACAGGCAUCUGAGCACCAGUGACAGUUCAGACAAUGAGAGUCCUUCCACUUCCUUUUCUUCUUGUUCUAAAUACAGGAGCAAGUCAAAAACACCAGCAAAUGAACAAAAGAAACCUGCUGAGGUGUUCCGCAAGGAUCUCAUUAGUGCCAUGAAACUACCGGAUUCUCACCAUGUUAACCCCGAUGAAUAUUAUGUCUUUGCGGACACAUGGAAACAGGAAUGGGAGAAAGGAGUCCAAGUUCCAGCCAGUCCAGAAACAAUUCCACAGCCUUCUCUCAGGGUUGUAGCAGAAAAAGUAAAAGAAGUACUGUAUACACGACCCAGGAAGUACAUCCACUGUUCCAGCCAAGAGCCCACAGAACCAGGUUACAUCAACAUUUUGGAACUGGCAGAAUCUGUGUGUCGCUAUGACUUGGAUGAUAUGGACAUCUUUUGGCUCCAGGAGCUAAACGAAGAGCUUACUGAAAUGGGAUGCGGGCCCCUGGAUGAAAACACAAUGGAAAAGACGAUUGAAGUGCUGGAACGGCACUGUCAUGAGAACAUGAAUCAUGCAAUUGAGACUGAAGAAGGACUGGGCAUAGAGUACGAUGAAGAUGUCAUCUGUGAUGUGUGCCGGUCCCCUGACAGUGAAGAUGGGAAUGAUAUGGUGUUUUGUGACAAGUGUAAUAUCUGUGUCCAUCAGGCGUGCUACGGAAUCUUAAAAGUCCCUGAAGGGAGCUGGCUGUGCCGCACCUGCGUUCUGGGGAUACAUCCUCAGUGCUUAUUGUGUCCCAAACGAGGAGGUGCCAUGAAAGCCACCAGGACAGGGACCAAGUGGGCACACGUGAGCUGUGCCCUCUGGAUUCCGGAGGUUAGUAUUGCUUGCCCAGAAAGGAUGGAGCCGAUCACAAAGGUGUCUCACAUUCCACCAAGUCGAUGGGCUUUAGUGUGUAGUUUAUGCAAACUGAAAACUGGUGCUUGCAUUCAGUGCUCCGUGAAAAGCUGCAUCACUGCCUUUCAUGUCACCUGUGCCUUUGAGCAUAGCUUAGAGAUGAAGACUAUCCUGGAUGAUGGGGAUGAGGUCAAGUUCAAGUCGUAUUGUCUAAAGCACAGCAAGAACAAACAGAAUUCGCUGCCUGACGUUGAUGAGCAUCCCAAAAGUAUGUCAGACCAGAAGCAAACGGAGAGCGAGAAAACCAGUUUGCGAGCCCAGAAACUCCGAGAGCUGGAAGAAGAGUUUUACUCACUCGUUAAAGUGGAGGAUGUUGCAGCAGAACUUGGUCUUCCUAAACUUGCUGUAGACUUCAUCUACAAUUACUGGAAAUUAAAGCGAAAAAGUAACUUUAACAAACCAUUGUUUCCUCCCAAGGAGGAUGAAGAAAAUGGCUUAGUGCAGCCAAAAGAAGAUAGCAUUCAUACUCGCAUGAGGAUGUUCAUGCAUUUGAGGCAGGACCUAGAGAGGGUAAGAAAUCUCUGCUACAUGGUAAGCAGGAGAGAGAAACUGAAGUUGUCUCACAGUAAAGUACAUGAACAGGUCUUCAAUUUGCAAGUCCAGCUCAUUAAUCAGGAAAUUGCUGCAGGCCAUACCCUGACAAGUGCACUAGAGAACACACUGUUCUACCCACCUCCCAGGAUCACCCUGAAGUUAAAAAUGCCCAAAUCAGCACUAGGAGAUUGCAAAAAUAACUCGCUGAAGCCUGGCAACAGACCGCUCUCUCCUGACAACAACAGCACUGUGUACAGCAAAAGGAGCGUGCCGAUGUCAAAGGAACCCUACGAAAUCAAAGCGAAAUCGUACUCCAGGUAUCAGCACGACAGCAGAAGCAACGGGUUGCUUGUCACGGGGGGGAUCGGCAAGCCUCGCAGCGAGGCGAAGGAUUCUGGCCCCGUGCAGGUGCCGGAGUUUCACCGGGGCCAGCCAUCCGGGAAGCCCCUCGCGCUGCAGGCGGCCCUGCACGGACAGGCUUCCAUCGGGAACGGGCGGGCGCAGCAGGAGAACUCGCGGCUGGCGGCCAAGUCCAACGGGCUGAUGCUGGGCAGGGCUGGGGACGUGAGCCAGAGGGACAGCUCCAGCCAGACGCCCUACGAGCAGGAGUCCGUGCUCGCAGCUCAUUUGGCCAGCCAGAGCGGCUUCAGGAAAUCCACCAUAGAACAUUUUAGCCGGUCCUUCAAAGAGGCUACCAACAGUCUGGUGAGGACCACGGAAGAUCUCCGGUGCUGUGAAAAGCCAACGAGAAGACUCGCGACGAAAGACCGCUUGUGGAGCAAGCAGACGCUCGAAGGUGCUCCGUACCAGGACAACGACGGGUACUGUCCCGACUUAGAGCUGAGUGACUCUGAAGCAGAAAGUGAUGAAAAUAAAGAGCAAGUGAGGUUACGACGGAGUAGCUCGGAGAGAGAAAGCCCAAGUAAGGACUUCGGAAGAGAUUGUCACAAUAGAAACAAAAAGAAUAUGAUUUCUCACGGUUCGGUACAAAGGUGAUUAGAAGCCCCCACGGGGUAACUCAGCCUUUAUGUAUUCCGGUGUACCAGUGCAAAGCUCAGCAUCAACAGGUUCCAGAAACCAGUACAGGACCUACGACAGGAAGAACUGCAGGAGGGGAUGGGGGAGGGCGGAGAAAUGGGAGUCGUUUUGUUCAACUGUGAAUUGGCUUGCAGCCUUCGCAAGGCUAACCGAGUUACUGCAGAGUCGCGUAGAAAUGGACGGGGUUUACUAGAGGUUAACAUCUGGGGAAGCGUGAGGCGGUUGGGCCUUGCGUAAAUUCAGGAAACUGCUUCCUCCUUGCCAGCUUGCGUGCAAGGCAAGAUGCUCACACUAUGUCAGCCGUGUGGCGCUGGACAGGUAAUAAAGGAGUCCUUGCAUUGCUCGAGCCCGUUGCAGGGGGCUGCAGACGGAGACGCUGAAACCGCGUCCUUACAGCACCUGCCACGUGGCGUUGAUCCAGCAAGGCACUUGGGGACGCGCGAGAAAGCUGAGCGCAUGAAAAACCCUGCUGCUUUCCCUCGGGUGGCCCAGCCCGUGCCCAAGUGCUCUGCUGGAUCAGGCCCAAAGCGACUACUAAGCGACGGCCCCUUCCGCGCGGGGCCUCGAACGGCGGUGGCAUUUGCAGGCUCCUUGCGGAGGGUGGAAGCCGGCGUCGCUGGCGCUGCCAAACUCACUGACCUCUAGACGUGCCCCCGGUCCCUGCUCUCGCUGAAGGUCGUGUUUCUCUUCGCAAUUAUUUGCUUAUUUUGUAAAUAUACAACUUCUAGUACUUCAUUUUUUUUUUAAUCUCUGUACAUAGUUGCUUGUUGUGGGAUGCACUUGUAAAUAUUUUACCCAGCUAACAAGUACAGAUGGCUAAUUUUGUGGAUAGUGUUUACAAAAGUAGAUGUACUACUUCAAAGAAAAAUGCUAUUUGACACUUAAAUUUAGGCAAUCACCGGUGAUGCCAGGUUCCUCUUGAAACUGAAAUUUCACAUCCGGAGGUGUUUGUACCUGGUGUUUUUAAAAUAAGAUGAAUUAGAAAUAAUUUUGCCUGAACUUUUUAUUUAGGCACGAAUUUUCAACCCUAGCUGCCUCAAUGUGGGCUUAGGAGCCCCACUUCUGGCAUCUAGGCCUGUGAAAUUUUAGCCAGUCAUCAUUUGGAGUAUGUUUUUUUUAUUGCUGAUAAUUUAUGGUUACGUUAAGCUGCUUUUCAACCUCUGGAUCAGUUGCUGUUUCCCAAACUAAAACUUUUUUUUUAACGUGCUUUAAAAUCAGUUGUUAACCAGCGUUUAAACUUCAACCUCUGUUGGGGAAGCGAGAAGGGAGGGGAAACCCUUUUCGGUUUGUUUAUUUUGUCCAGGAUUUCUGUUUGAAUGUGGACAAAUUUCUUGUGUUCUAGACCGUGUUGUGUUGAUCGACAAAGUAACCGCACUGUUCUUCUCUGAAAUGCCGUACGUUUCAUAAAUCCGCAGCAUCCUCUGUCCCCACGUCACCGGCUGAGCUGGGACAUGGGCUGCAUAGGGCAUCCUGCACGCCUCUGUUCAGAUGGGGGCUCAUUUUCCCUACAAAUGAAAGGUUCACACCCGGUGUCACGAUGACUAUGCAGAAGCCAAACAGCAUGUUUUUCUUCUCCAUUAUCUUAAUUUACUGCUUUUAGUUUGGGAAAUAACAACGCUCUUAGGUUUGGUUUAAGCUUUGAAAUCUCCCUCGUUGCAAUAGGACUAGCAAGUCAGGGGCUGGAGGGCUUUAAUGAAAUAAAAAAAACACGAAACGGCAUCCUUAGCAAUCGUGCUCUAUUUGCUUCAUGCAGUUUCUUUUUUUUUUUCUCCCCACUUCUUGAUUUUAUGUAUAUUUGUGUAAUUUGUCUUUCUAGAGCUGUAUCUUCAAAAUUAUUUCUUUUGGUGUAAAUAUGCAGUAGCAUUUUAGGUUUCCACAUAUUUUAUUUUAAUGGGAAAUGCUUUGUGUUCUAAGCCAUGGGUCAUUCAGAAUAAGUAAACAAAUGUUUGUUCAUUUGUAUUCCAGUUCUGACUCUCUUAGUUUUCCUUCGAUAUUUAUUAGUAAUCCUCUUACUGGUCACAAAAUUUUAUGAAGCUUGCGUUGGGAACACUUACGUGGGAGGCUGGCAAAGCGUUCAUGCCAUUUUGUGGCCAGAAGCAUAUGGCGGAGGGGAGGAAAAUGGUGCUUCAGCAAAACUCAGCAUUUCUGCUCUUCUGGGGUUAUUAAUUCAGUUGUUUCCCGCCUGGGCAAUGGUUUUGCUAAGUUUUACAUGAUUUUAAUAGAUAUAUGAAGGAGCCCUUGGUUACGUAGUUCUCAAGUAUUGUCCCCAAAGUGCAUUUGCUAGUUUUUAUUGUGUGUUCGGUGGCUAACUGUUUGAAGUAUUACCUCUUAACCUUAUUUGUCAUUUUUUUUGUGUUUUUGCAUUUUGUUUUAUAUAUAUAAAUAUAUAUAUAUAUUCAAUUUUCCAAGAUGGACUCGGUCUUUUUCAGAUGUCCCCUUUUUACAAGUACUUUUUCAUUAAAUUAUGAAACUGCUAACAGUA